AUGAAGGUCUUCUCCUUGGCCCUGCUCACCCUGCUGCUGGUGGCUCUCUGGACUGAAAGCCAGGGUGUCUCCUUCCGCAGCCGCUACAGCAGGUGCUGCUACAGGGACAUGUUCUUCCGAAAGAAAAUCCCUGCUAACCUCAUCAAGAGCUACCAGGAGACGCCUUCCCACUGCUCCCACAGAGCUGUGUAUGUGGAGCUGCUGAAGGGGAAAAAGUUCUGCGUGGAUCCGACAGCAGACUGGUUCCAGCAAUACCAGCGGCAGAAGGCGUCGAUCAGCACCUCCACGUGA